UCCGUCCUUGUGCUUUCCUCAAUCGAGAGUCUAUUAGUCCACUAUAAAUUUGAGGCGUUUGUGCUGUCACAUAUCCGAAAUCAGAUUACACCUACAGCAAGAAAGAAGAAGAGAAGAAGAAGAAGAAGAAGAAGAAGAAGAAGAAGAAGAAGAGCGGCAUGGAAGGCUUAAUUCCAUAUAUUUUUCAUGCGAUCAAGAACAAGAAAGCCCACAAAGAUUAUCGUUCCCUCUCCGAUGGAUCGAGUCGAAGUUACCGUCCCUUAACGGGUGGUAUGGGUUCAUUCGAGGGCUCCUCUCACCGCCGAACCAGGUCUGAGUUCCAGCCGCCCACUACCUACGAUUUCCAGCUGGAGCAGUCAUCUUCUGGUCCUGAUCAGUUCCGUCAUUCCCGAAGUCUCAAGACUGAUUCAGUUUUCUCUCCACCAACGGUGAAGGACUCUAAACAGACAAGCUAUUAUCCUUACCAAGCCUCCACCAAGGAGACUAAGCUCUCUCACAUACGGAGAUGAAAGAAAUAAAAAGGAAAAAUAAUAAUAAUGAUAAUAAAGAAAGUGAAGGAAUAUGAAUUUACAAAGCGCAAAGAUGAACGAUUGAAGCAAUCAGUUCAUAAAAGCUACUUGACUAAGCUGUGGAUAUGUUGUAACAAGUUGUAAUUAUCUCCGUCUUUAUUUGUUUUUAUUAUUGUUUCUUUCAAGCCAAAUGAUUAUUUGUUAUUCUUUUGUUCACUAAGAAAUGGUGGAGUAUCAGUAGUAAUGGGGUGGUUGUAUCUGAAUUAUGAUAUAAUUGGUGAUUUUCUCGUGUCUGCAAGCAAAUGCUUGGUUUGUUUUGAUUUAUUUUAG